AGACUUGCGUCACCGCGCUGUAACGUAAUCACGCACAAACAGGAUACACCACGCCCACUUACUGCACCAGAGAUGGAUCUAUAAAUGCAGCUGCUCAGCUCUGUACUUCAUCAUCAAAGUGCUGUUGUGUCCAGUCUUACCCUGAUAUUUUCUGAGAUCCUGAACUCCCUGAAGUCAUUCAGUCCUCCAUGCUUGUCUUUGCAUUCAAAGAAGGGACACUGGGACAGGGAUGAUGGACUGCUCUCCAUUCCUGACUGACUGAACACUACUGGGGGGGCGUGGUUGAAGUAUGCAAACUGUCUGACAGUGAAAGGGAAAAGGCCAAAGGGAAUGGGGGUCAGUUCACUGGAAGUGUCUUUGCCCCUUGGCUGUGGGCAGACUGUGUGUUCGUGUGUAUUCUGUUAGUGCGUCCAUUUGGCACAUUCUAAUGAGCAGUGGUGGAAAAAGUACCCAAUUUUCAUACUUGAGUAAAAGUAUAGAUACCUUAAUAGAAAGUUACUCAAGUAAAAGUGGAAGUUUUACUUAAAGUACGACUUGAGUAAAUGUCUAAAAGUAUUUGGUUCUAAGUAUCAAAAGUAAAUGUAUAAAUCAUUUCAAAUCACUUGUAUUUUAAGCAAAGCAGACGGCACCAUUUUCUUGUUUUUAAAAAGUACGUAUAGCCAGGGGCACACUCCAAUACUCAGACAUAUUUGACAAAAGAUGCAUUUGUGUUUAGUGAGUCUGCCAGAUCAGAGGCAGUAGGGAUGACCAGGGAUGUUCUCUUGAUAAGUGUGUGAAUUGGACAAUUUUCCUGUCCUGUUAAGCAUUCAAAAUGUAACGAGCACUUUUGGGUGUCAGGGAAAAUGUAGGGAGUAAAAAGUAUGUUAUUUUCUUUCAGAAUGUAGUGAAGUUAAAGUUGCACAAAAUAUAAAUAGUAAAGUAAAGUACAGAUACUCCCAAAAAACUACUUAAGUACUUAAGUACUUUACACCACUGCUAAUGAGUCGGGAUGACCCUAGUGUUAAUGGACGAAUUCCUGACUGCUCUACACUAUUGAGUGUUUAGUCUUAAGACCUGGUAAGAACUUAGUUGGUAAACACGUCCAGCAAUAAACUAAAGGUAUGGGGGGAGGAUAUACAAGAGGGGGUAGUGCUAGAAAGGAUUUGGCCUCUUGGAGGAAAAACGUCACAAAUAUACACAUACACAUUUUUCACACAGACAGACAUUAUCAGGGGAGAGUUAAAGGCAUGCACUGACUGUCAGAGGGAAAGAUAGAGAGAGAGAGGGAGAGAGAGAGAGGAGAAAAAGAGAGAGGGAGGUAGGGGGAGGAACAUGUGACUUGAGCAUGUGUGUGAGAUAAGAGACAAAUGGAGAGGCGAGUAAAAAUCCAGUGUACUGAAAAUGUCUGUUCAUUUGAGAUAGGGAUGCAACUCUACAACAAGCUCCUCGAACACUCCUCUGGUUUCUGUGUCCAUAAACUGUGUGAGAGGGAGAGAGAGAGAGAGUCAGAGAGAGAGAGGGGAUGGGUCAAGGAGAUGGAUGGAUUGUGUGUGACCGUGUGUCCGUGCAUGUGUCCGUGCGUAUGUAUGUGUGAAUCAGGAGGUGUGUGCGUUAGUGCGUGCCAGACAGCAAAGAGAGGCGCAGUUAUCUAGGAAUUUGAGCCAAAAUAACCUCACUAACAGAAAGAGAGAGAGAAAGAGAAACAGAGGGAGAGAGAAAAAAUAGGAAGAGAAGUCGAGAGGAUGAAAUAGGUAUAUAGAUAGAAAGAGACAGACACAGAGAUCGGGAUUACAGUAAGAUUAGAUCAAAAAAAGAGAUAGACAUGGAGAGACAGAAAAAGAUGAAGAAGUUCACACAGAAAUAGAAGAAGGUUAUAUGGGCAGAGUGGAGGGACACCAUCCAAGGCUUCAAACAAAGCAUCAAGCCGACAGACUCAGGAGUGGAGUAGAAACCCAUCAAGUACAACAAAAAAGAAAAAAUAAGGACAAGUGGCACCAAAGAGGUGUGGGCACCCAAAUCCAAGAGGCUGGCAAGGCGGAACAGCUUUAAGGUGAAAACUGGUGUCGGGAGGCACAGUAAACGGCGAAACUCAGAGGUGCCUGAGAGACUGAAUUCUGCCAGCUUAUCAAAUUCUUUUAGGAGUUUUCCCAUGAUUCUACUGGGCUCAAUCGGCGUGGUCCCACUACUGCUGUCCCUGUGUGUGGGGGCCGUGUUGUCCCCCCCAGACGCACCCCCAGUCUGUCCCCACCCCCCUUGCAGGGACAGUCUGGUGGCCGCUCCGCCUGCGAGGAUAGGGUCAGGGGGGUGUGAGGGGAGCCCGGGGACGGCGGGCUGCAGGGUGGUGGUUGCCCCCCUGGCUGCCUCCGAUCCCCCUCUGAGGGAGGAACACAGACAAGAAGUCCGACAGGUCCAGCCCGAGGCAGGGGAUGUGUCGGAGCGUAUGCUCCAGUUGCAGCGAUGUAUGCAUUCCUUCCAGGAGCCGGGGGCCCCCAGGGACCAGGGAGGCCAGGGAGGGGACACGCUAGUGGCCAUUCUGGCUCUGAUGGCUGCAGUGCUGACAGAGUGUGACCUCCACUGUCACAGCCAGGCCCUCAGGGCUAUGGCCAGACGACUGGAGGGGGCAGCGGUUGGGAGAGAGGGAGAGAAAGACUUGCUACUACUAUUGAGAAGCAUCACACAACACCCUCCAACAGUGGCCCCCUCAGCGAGGCUGCAUCCUCAGGACUGUGCUGAGAUCUAUCAUUUGGGGAUCAGAGAGAACGGAAUCUACACCAUCCAGCCUGACCCACACAGACCUGCAGUCGAGGCAGAGUGUGACAUGGAGACGGCAGGCGGAGGGUGGACGAUGUUCCAGCGUCGGAGAGAUGGCUCGGUGGACUUCAAUCGGACGUGGCAGGAGUACCGCGAGGGUUUUGGUUCCCCACAGGGAGAACACUGGCUAGGGAACGCAGCGCUGCAUGCUCUCACCAACACUGGUCAACACCUACUGCGUAUUCAACUGGAGGACUGGCACAAGCAGAAACGCCAAGCCACCUACAACACCUUUAGAGUGGCAACAGAGACACAGAAGUACCGUCUGACAGCACGGGAGUACUCUGGUGACGCGGGAAAUGCCCUGAGCUACAGCAAACGCUACAACCACGACGGCCGAGCGUUCAGCACCAACGACCGUGAUCACGACCGCUACACCUCGGGGAACUGUGCGCAGUACUACGCUGCGGGCUGGUGGUUCGAUGCCUGCCUGGCGGCUAACCUGAAUGGACGGUACUACCGCGGGCGCUACAGCGGGCUGACCAACGGCAUUUACUGGGGCACCUGGUACAUCCUGACAGACAGCCACAGUGGAGAGCGCUACUCCUUUAAGAGUGUGGAGAUGAAGACACGCCCACGCAACAUCUAAUAAAGAAUGACUUAGGAGCAGAUUGAAAUGGGACAGUUAAUGUGAAGUAGCAAUCUGUAAAAUGUAGGCCUACUACAACCUCUGAGCCAGGUUCUGUAUAUAUAAAUCUAGCCUGGUCCCAGAUCUGUUUGUGAUGUGCCCCAGCUAGGGAAACCCUAAUCUGGUUGCAGAGUGUGUGAAGGUUAUUGGUAACCAGCUGAUGACUGGAUGUUUGAUUCACUGGAUGAUGUUGGGAUAGUGAGCCACUAAAUCACUUCUUCCAGGUGUAAAUAUAGUGCUAAAUCGAAAAGUGUUUAGAUGUCUCUGUCCUUAUUUAUAAUCCAAGUAUGUGUUGAAGAAGUUGAAUUACACCAUUAACCAGCAGAAUAUGUGUUCAUAACGGCUCAUGGGUUCCUCACCCCUGCUUCAUUUUUAUUAUCCAUCAUUCAAGCCAUAUACUUUGCCACCCCGCAUCUUUUUUUGUUGUGAUAUUUAAACGGCAGUAAAGUUUUCAUAUAGUAUGUUAUGCAAAUCUUUCCACAAAAAUGUAAUGUAGAAAUGUACAUUGACAAUCAUGGCUUUAGUAUAGAGAAAUUAUUAUUGAAAUACAUUUAUAUAACAUUUAUAA